UAACUCCCCAAGUCUUCCUAUAUAACCCCUCUUCCCCCACUCUCAUCUCCCCAACCAUUUGUUUUUUCACCUCGCACUACAACCUUAAUUCCCGUGUCUCUCGUUCCUAGCUAGCUCGCUCUGCCAAACAUAUAUAUAUAGAUGGGUUUUGAUGAUAUCUGUAGCACCGGCCUUGUCUUGGGAUUAGGCUUUUCGUGUUCCGAUCAGGCCUCCAAGGUUGACGUAGUUCACAAGGCCGCCAGGAAACCGCCGCCGAUGAGCUUCGAGCCGUCCUUGACGCUCAGCCUGUCCGGUGAAACGUUUGAUCGUCAGGCGGUUAAGAAGGUGGUCGCCGCGGCGAACAAUAAGGUUUGUGUAGAUCAGUCCGCUACUGAUUUGUACCGACAGGACAGCGCGGCUUCCUCGUACUCCAACGCUAGCGUGAAGCGGGAGAGGGAGAGCGAGGAGGCGGAGAUGGAGAGAGUUUCGUCGAGAGUCAUCAGCGACGAGGAUGACGACGGCGGUAACUGCAGGAAGAAGCUCAGGCUCACUAAAGCACAGUCCGCGCUUUUGGAAGAAAGCUUCAAGCAACACAGCACUCUCAAUCCGAAACAGAAGCAAGAUCUAGCCAGGGAACUCAAUCUCAGGCCUCGACAAGUGGAAGUCUGGUUCCAAAACAGACGCGCCAGAACGAAGCUGAAGCAGACAGAAGUCGACUGCGAGUUCCUGAAGAAAUGUUGCGAGACGCUAACCGACGAGAACCGGCGGCUACAGAAGGAGGUCCAGGAGCUAAAAGCCCUGAAGCUAGCGCAGCCGUUCUACAUGCAGCUGCCGGCGGCGACUCUGACGAUGUGCCCUUCCUGCGAGAGAAUCGGCGGCGCCGCCGUGGAAGCCUCCAACAAGAGCCCUUUUACCAUGGCUCCGAAGCCCCAUUUCUUCAACCCCGCCUUCACCAACCCCUCCGCAGCCUGUUAGUUACUUUACGUGUUUUAACCAAUCAUCAUCACCUCCGCCCCUGCUUGCUUAGCUUGCUAUAAUUAUUUCAUCAUCAAAACUAUCAUUAAUUAUUAGCCUCUAUAAAUAUCAUAGUGGAUAUAUUAUAGUACAAUCUGAAACGUCCCCCCCACCCACCUUUUUUUGGUGAGGGCUUGUCAUCAUCCCAAAGUGGUAAUUAGCGCUGUAUGUUAAUUAGUUCAUCUGUAGAAACAUCCCAAAAAAAAAAUAGAGAUUACUAAUCAAUCUCUUUAAUUUCUUUCUUUGUCAUAUUAAAUUAGAAGAUCAUAUGUUUUUGUAAAUCUUAAUUACUAAUGGAUCAUAUUAUACUAUACAUAUAUGAAUUGAAGUGAUUAUUGCCU